AUGCUCGCCCUCACUCUCGCCCUCGUCCUCCUCGUCCCCGCCUUGGCGGCCCCACUUCCCGACAUUGUCGCGCGCCAGACCCCUACCUGUCCGGACGACCAGGUGCUGUACUGGUCCGCUGCCGCCGACGCUCCGAUCUGCGGUCCCCUCGCCCCUCUCUGCCAGAGCGGAUGGUACUGGUGCACCGACAAGUGUAUCCCGUACUGGGACAAGUGCGAUGCUUCCAGCGAGCCCGUUAACCCACUCCCCACCGAUCUCGCCGCGCGUUCACCCGAGCCUGAGCUCAAUCCCAAGUACCCCUCCAUCACGCCCAAGGCCCGUGCCGACUCUGACUCGGCCCGUAACCCCAAGCGCCAGAUCCGCACUUGUGCCGACACCGAUGUGCUCCUGUGGCGCGAUGGCGCUCCAGUUUGCGCUCCUGCCCCGCCCAAUUGUCAGUCUGGUUGGUACUGGUGCACCGAUAAGUGUGUGCCCUAUUGGACCAAGUGCGAGUCCGCUCUUAUGCGCCGGGACAACGAUAAGCGCAGCGUUGCCGAAGAGCCCCAGUAUCACCAGGCGCGCGGAGCAUAA